AUGUUCUUUUCUAUUAUUCAAUUGACCGUGAGUUUUUCCAUCGACUUGAGUGUACCGUCUGAUUAUAAGUUGUAUAUGUAUAUCAACUUUGCCUUCGUCACAUUUCUCGGAUAUUUCUCAUGGAAUGUUGUAGAAGCUUGCGAAUUGAAGUACCGGUGGUCGUUCUCGAUAGUGUUCUUUUGCCUGGUAUUGUAUCAAUAUUAUAUUCCAAAAAUCAUUAAUGUCAAAGAUACUCAAGAUAUUUUCAUCUGGAACUUUUGGGUCAGUCUUUUCGAUUACACACUCCUUCGAAUGGAACAGUUACAACCAUCUCCUCUUCUAGCACCACUUCCCCAUGAACCACUUCCUCAACAUGGAAACAGAUUUGUGCAGCAACAGUUUCGACAGUUUAACUGUUCUCCGUUACUUUCCAUUCGAGAUGCCAUGUUUACAGUAUCCCCAAAGAGACAGUAUCGAGGAGCAUUGAGUCCGACGACAGCUGCAGCGACUGGACCAGUGUGGAAACCUAGACGACAUUGA